AUGGCCUGGAAUACGCUCAUCGGGCAAGCCGAUCGCGCCUUCCGUCUCGGUAUACAACUCGAAAAGAACGGGCAACCCCGUAAGGCGAGUGCCUCUUUUCACGAAGCCGCCACUCUGUACCAAUGCUAUUUGGACUCGGAGAGUGAAUUUGGACACGUCACGUCGCUUUCUCAGGAAGACAGUCAAGCAAUUUUAGCCUACGCCUGUAUGCGUCUGGCCUUCCUCAAUCUCGACGCCCUUGGCGACCCCAAAGCGGCGGCUCGAUUGUACAAGGAAGCCUCCGCAAUCGAUCCCUUUCCGUCCGCCGAAUCUUUCGACGGGAUAGGCCAGGCACUGGAGGCUGCAUUUGGGGGCCAGCACUUGGAAGACGCCAUUGAACAGUACCGCAAAGCGCUCGAACUCGCGCCCGAGCGACAAGAAUCGCAAUUUCACGUCGCGGUUGCCUCGGACCGCCUACAGCAAUCCGACCAAUCCGAGGAGAUUUUUGAACGAUUGCGCCGGGACGAGUCCAAGUGGAGCUGUCUCGUCGACUCGUGGGGAUAUGUACGGUGGCAUACGCGUAAAAUCCCGAACGACAGCUUGUACUUGUAUCGCGGAACACGGGAUAUUAUGGAAGUCGCCUUGAAUGCGGCUCUGCCUUUGAUCGAACAAGGUGGGCUUGUUUGCGAAUUCGGCGUAGGUAGUGGGCGAAGCUUGCGAAUGGCACAAGAUAUUUUGCCUUUGGACGCUCGAAUUCAUGGCUUUGAUACGUUCACCGGCCUCCCUCAAGCAUGGGGGACGGAACCGAUCGGGACGUACUCGACCGGGGGAGUCGCACCGAAUAUGGAAGGGAAGGUGACCUUCCACCGCGGUCUCUUUCGUGAUACAAUCGGUCCUUUUCUCAAAGAACAGGAGGAAAGCACCUUUUUGGCGUACGCCAACGUAGAUUGUCAGCUUUAUUCCUCCACGUUGGAUAUUUUGGAAGGCUUUCACGGUUACAUUGUACCGGGCACCAUUCUAAUUUUCGAUGAAUAUAUUUGCCAUCCAAGUUGGCGGUAUGAUGAGUUCCGGGCUUGGCGAGAAUGCUGCAAACGGUUUGGAUGGAAGUAUGAAUAUCUUGCGUUUAGUCUCAGCACGAAGCAGGCCGUGGUUCGGCUGACGACCGCGUGA